AUGACAGUCAGGCAUCUUCUUGGGGAAGAGUUGGUCAACUUAGGAACCAACGAGCUGGAGCAAUUGGAGAAUCAGCUUGAUGGGGCUCUGGAGCAGAUUAGACUCACCAAGAAUCAAUUUAUUGCAAAUCGACUCUUGGAGCUUAAAAGGAAGGUUUGGAACUAUAGCAGUAUCUCCAUGCAUACUUCCGCCGCUCCUUGUUAUGACAUAUAUUUCACCACGAGACAUCCUUUGUGUAUGUUAUUUCAGGAAGAAAUGCUCGAGGAAACAAACAACGCAUUGCGGAUUAAGUUGGAGGAGACAGACGCGGUGCUAAGAUCUUCAUCCUGGGAAGUUGGGGAGCAAUCUGGUGUGCCGCCUCACCAACAGCAGGAAACAAUGGACUCGCACUGCAGGAACAACCCUUUGCAGAUGAGGCAAUGA